AAGGAAAUGGGAGGAGACCGGUACUCUGAUGUCACUGCUGAAAGAGAAACUAAAAGGAGAAAAAGCGCCUCAUGUUUUUACUUUCCUUUACAGAUCUAAAAGGAUUUCAUCUACAUACUCCAGACAUGGCUUCUGCUGCUGCUAGUAGUCUAAUUGCUGAGGACAAUUUUCUUUGUUCCAUCUGUCUGGAUGUGUUCACUAAACCAGUGUCGAUUCCCUGUGGGCACAACUUCUGUCUUGACUGCAUCACAAACUACUGGGACACUAACGACACUGUAAUACAAUGUCCACUGUGUAAAGAGAAGUUCUUCAACAGGCCAAUGCUUCGGGUUAACACCGUCAUUGCUGAGAUAGCUGCAAAGGUCAAAAAUUCAAUUCAAAAAAGAUCUUGUGGCCCCUCUGCAACAGCAGGAAACGGACACGUGCUCUGUGAUAUGUGCACAGGGGCAAAGCUCACAGCCCUCAAGUCCUGCUUAGUGUGUUUCAUGUCUUUAUGUGACACACAUCUGGAGCGUCAUCAGACAAUUCCAGCCAUGAAAAAACACAAGCUAAUCCAACCGGUUGAGAACCUAGAGAGCAGGAUGUGCAAGGCGCAUGAUGAGCCUUUUGAACUGUUUUGCCAGGUGGACCAAAUGUUUGUAUGCGAAUCCUGUAAAAUCAGUGACCAUAAAAGCCAUAAGAUGGUGAGUCUGGAGGAGGAGGCAAAAAUGAGAAAGAACCAGCUGGGACUAGAGAAGAGAAGCAUGGAUCAGAUGAUCCAGGUGCGUCAGCAGAAAAUUCUCGAGUUCCAACAGUCGGUGGAGGCUAGCAGGAAUAAUGCAGCAAAGGCGCUGUCAUACAACGUGCAUGUGAUGACUUCUGUGGUGGACUACAUUAAGAGAAGCCAAGCUGAGCUGACUGAGGUAAUUGAGACAAAGCAGAAAAGAAUUGAAACAGAAACAAAAGGCUUCAUUAAAGAACUUGAGGGAGAAAUCUUGCAAAUAAAGCAAAAAAGCUUGAAGCUUCAUCAGGUCUCACUUACCGACGAUGCCUUGAUGUUCCUAGAAAAUAUCCUGUCAACUACCAUCACUUCGCCCCAGGUUAAGGAUUGGUCUGACCUGACUCUUAAAAAUGAUGAGUUUUCCGUGAAAGGAGCAAUGGCCAUGCUGGAGACAACAGUGAGGAGAGAAGUACAGAUGCUUUGUGAUCCCGACUUGAAAGAAAUGAAGAGACAUGCUGUGGAUGUGACUCUGGACCCUGACACAGCAAACCCUCUUCUCAAUAUUUCUUCGGAUGGGAAACAAGUCGCGUAUGGAGACAGAAAGAGGAAUCUCCCAAACAAACCAGAGAGGUUUGAACAUGUCCUUAAUGUUCUUGCAAAGGAGGGUUUCUCCUUGGGAAAAUUCUACUAUGAGGUCCAGGUUAAAGACAAAACAAACUGGGAUUUAGGAGUUGCAAACCAGUCCAUCAACAGGAAGGGGGAUAUAAGAUUAAGCCCCAAUAACGGAUACUGGACUAUAUGGUUGAGAAACGGAAAUGAGUUAACAGCCAAUGCCGGCCCUGCCAUUAAUCUAAAUGUGAGGGAGAUGCCUCAAAAGGUUGGGGUGUUUGUUGAUUACGAGGGGGGUCAAGUUUCCUUCUAUGACGUGGACGCCAGGGCUUGCAUCUUCUCCUUCACCGGAUGUAAUUUCACUGAGAAGCUCUUUCCGUUCUUCAGCCCCUGUCCUAAUGAUGGUGACAAAAAUUCAGCCCCCUUGAUCAUCACGCAUGUCAAAUAAAACGGUUGAGGUCCUGUUCAGUUUUCUGGAUUUGUGAAAGAAAAAGAGACAGGACGAGGAACUUGGAGAGAGAUCACACAAUAGCAGAGUGCUGAAAUGUUUUUAUCUGUGAAAAUCCGGUGUGUCAUUUGGUUUCCCCUAUCCAUCAAUGCCAGAACUGUGUUGCCUGUCACACAGACAGCUGUAGAUCUCCAACUGAACACACACACACACACA